GCGCGGGCUUCUCGCAGGCAUUUAAAGCGCGCCACGCCGGGGCUCCUCCAGACUCGGGGAUCCCCGCUCCCCUGCAGCUUGCUGCACUCGCCCAAGGGCGCCUCCAGUCUAACCUCCUCAGCCUCUGGGCUCAACGGUCUCCCCCGGACUUUCGUGGGCUCAUGGAGAUGGCGACCUUAGCUCCGACGCUCCUACUCGGCUGGGUCCUUGCCCAGGUUUCGGGCGCCGCAGGCACUACAAAUACAGUGGUAGCAUAUAAUUUAACUUGGAAAUCAACUAAUUUCAAGACCCUUUUGGAGUGGAAACCCAAACCCAUCGAUCAUGUCUAUACAGUUCAGUUAAGCCAUAGACUAGGAAAUUGGGAAAACAAAUGCUUCUACACAACAGAGACCGAGUGUGAUCUCACUGACGAGAUUGUGAAGGACGUGAAGCAGACGUACAUGGCGCGGGUCCUUUCCUACCCGGCAGAGAAUGCAAAGCCCACCGAUUCUUCCGUGGAACCCCACCGUACAAACGCCCCAGAGUUCACGCCUUAUCUAGAGACAAAUCUUGGACAACCAACCAUUCAGAGUUUUGAACAAGUUGGAACAAAACUGAAUGUGACGGUGCAAGAUGCACGUACCUUAGUCAGAAUGAAUGGCACUUUCCUAAGCCUCCGGGAGGUUUUCGGCAAUGAUUUAAGCUAUGUACUUUAUUAUUGGAAAGCUUCAACUACAGGAAAGAAAACAGCCAAGACAGACACUAAUGAGUUUUUGAUUGACGUGGAUAAAGGAGAAAACUACUGUUUCAACGUUCAAGCAGUGAUUCCAUCCCGAAGAGGAAACCAGAGGAGUCCUGAAAGCAUCAUUGAGUGCACCGGCCAAGAAACAGGUGGCUUCAGAGAAUUGUUCUUCAUCGUUGGAGCGAUAGUGUUUGUGGUCAUCAUCUUCAUCAUCAUCCUGUCACUGUCUCUGUACAAGUGCAGGAAGGCCAGAGCAGAGCGAAGUGGGAAGGAAAACUCUCCCCUUAAUGCUGCAUAAAGCCGCACAUUGGCGGUGCCAACUACUGCAAAUGUUACGUUGCACUGUGACCAAGGACUUUUAAGAUAAUGGAAUAUAUGGAAACACAAAUGAGUACUUUGGAGCAUGAAGACAGUUUGGGUUCCAAGAAUGCUCUUUAUCUGACCUGUUAUCACAAUUAGCAUUCUGGUUUUGACAGAGGCAAAUGUGAUGAACGGUACAACCAAUUCCAACUUUAUUUUUUGUUUUUGUUUUUUUUUUUUAAUUUCUAUUUUGACACUAUGGUACGUUUUGCACACAUCAUACUUUACACUGUGUAUUCUCCACUCAAGGUGAAACUAGGUUACACAACAAAAAAAAAAAAAAAAAAGAAAGAAAGAAAGGAAAAAUGCCUUGAAAAACCUACAUGGAUAUGGAAAAA